AGUUUUUGAAGAUGUCAGCAGAUAUACCAUUAAAUAUUAAUAUCAAGGAGCCCCGAUGGGAUCAAAGCACUUUUGUUGGGCGAGCCAGUCACUUCUUUACUGUAACAGACCCCCGGAAUAUUCUGUUAUCUGAUGCCCAACUGGAAAAUGCAAGAAAAAUUGUUCAUGACUACAGACAAGGUAUCGUGGCACCUGGCUUGACAGAAGAUAACUUGUGGAGAGCAAAAUAUAUCUAUGAUUCAGCCUUUCAUCCAGACACUGGUGAAAAGAUGGUCUUGAUUGGCCGAAUGUCAGCUCAGGUACCCAUGAACAUGACUAUCACAGGUUGUAUGAUGACCUUUUAUAGAACGACACCAGCAGUGGUUUUCUGGCAGUGGAUUAACCAGUCCUUCAAUGCUAUUGUAAAUUACACGAACAGGAGCGGUGAUGCCCCAAUUACUGUCAGCCAGCUGGGAACAGCCUAUGUUUCUGCUACCACGGGUGCUGUCGCAACAGCUUUAGGACUUAAUGCACUAACAAAGCAUGUCUCACCUCUUAUAGGACGGUUUGUUCCUUUUGCUGCUGUUGCUGCUGCUAACUGCAUUAAUAUUCCACUAAUGAGACAAAGGGAACUCAAGUUUGGAAUCCCCGUCACAGAUGAGAACGGAAACAGACUGGGUGAAUCAACAAAAGCAGCUCAGCAGGCAAUUACCCAGGUGGUUAUAUCAAGGAUUCUUAUGGCUGCUCCUGGCAUGGCAAUUCCUCCCUUCAUAAUGAAUACAUUGGAAAAGAGAGCCUUUUUAAAGAUCAGCAAAAAUGAGCGAUUUCUUCAGUGACUACUCAGUGGUCUUUGGUACCAUCAUGACCGUUUAUGCUCACCUGUUCCUCCCCCUCAGCCUCAAAGACUGUGAGUUCAGGUGAAACACUGCUCUGCAGGUAGUCAGUGGUAACACUUGGUAGAGAUUAGUAUUAAAACCAUUAAGGAAUGAGCUGCAUUUUUAACAAGCAGCUUCUGCAUGUCCUCUUGAGGUUUCAGAAGCACCAUCCCAUUUGUAGUACUCCAACACCAUCCACACGAUGCUUUACUAACUCAUUAUUCUUAGCCUUUGCUUUGCACACCAUCACUCUUGAAAAUAAUUCUUGUAUGCUUGCCAAAGCCUAUUAAGCAACACACAGGGACAGAAAAUAGGCAAAUGGUUGUGAAAUAAUGAAGAAAAUAGACUGGUGUUCUGCAUUAAGAUAGAAAGAAAUGCUUCUGGAAUGCUGGUCUCAGUGAUAGCAGGCUAUCAUCCUCUGAUAUUUGAAAUAAGAUGUAAGUUAUAUAGCACUGUUCAUCUGCCAUACUCCGACAUCGUUUUGCAUGAGAACAUUUUGAUGGUAACUUUAGUAUGAAUUAACAAUGUACCCAAAAGUUAUUGCUAGCAAAUUACUCAAGAAUGUUUUUAGAAUACAAGCACAUACUUACUGCUUCAAAAAGAAUCCAAUCAUUUCUUGACUUGAAAAAAAAUUUUUAUAUAUAUAUGUACUUUUGCUAUAGGUUUCAGCAGUGGCUUUGGCUGCCUUUUAUGCGAUUAUGCAGUAUAGUAGUUCUUGAUUAGGCUGUAUAAUGUCUAUGUUCAUUAUCCCUACUGACAUAUAGUUGACUAGCUCUGCGCAGAACCAAGUUAUUUUAUCUGCUGCAGCAGGAGGAGCCAUAAACAACCUCGCCCUGAGGCACAGCGUUUAUAGAUGUAUUUUAGUUACAGGUAACCUUUCUCCUAAGGAAAGAAAUUGGUUUUUUCCAUAGAAACUUCUGAAAAUUCCAGUCGACACUGAAGUUUUAAUUUAUAUUAGUACUCUUACAGCUUCAGCUACUGUUUCUCUCCUGUUCUGCAUAUUGUAUUAACAUUCAAGUUGAUUCUAGAAAUUUCCUCAUAUAAUCUUAAAAAGAGCUCCUUGGGGUCUCUCAGUCUGCAACUAAAAUAUGUAUUCAAAACUGUUACAAAACUAGAUCAGAGAGCCUUUGCUUUUUUUAAACAUCGUUCUUGAAUGUCUUAUGCCUUAGAGUUUUCCAUGCAUUCCUAAUUUAACUGUCAUUUCAUUUAUUCAUUUUUUUGAAAACAGGCAUAGCUAGCCUGGGAAAGCUGACAGAUUUUGAGAUCCAACAAUGAAAGGAAGCAGUUAGAAAAAAGCUGAUUCUCCUUAUGGCUUUUGUUUUCUUAAUUAUCAUUUCUUCAUUUCUCUGUUUGUACUAACCACCAAAGAUGUCAUAAAGACAUCUGGAAAUUAAAUCUUAAUUCAUUGAGAACUGCCUUCUUUCAGAGUUCAGUGAUAGUUCUCUAACACACUAAAUUCUUCUGCUGUUUUGUACUUCUCCAUUUUAUCUCUUUGUAGGGAUGUAGAGCCUGCAUUUGAGUUUGGCUUUAUUCUUUUACAUUGUUCCCUGGGCAACUCCAAUUCUUAAUAUUGACCUCCCAGUGUCAAGUGUUUUACCUCACCAUCUUUCUUGAUUAGUGCAGCCUGGUAACAUUCUUGAAAAAUAAAGGCUGUAACUCAGAUCAAGUACCUUGGCAAAAAAUAUUCUACCACAUGAAGUAGAUAUUGUUUAGUCUGUACUAGUAGCCACCUCUCUCUCUCACAUUAAUGACCAACUCUGAUAAAUCAAGGCAUGAAACUAUCUAUUAUUCUCAUGACACCCUCCAACAGUCUUUUCAGUUAUAAAAUAGUUGGGGCUUUUCUGUUAUGUAUCUCAGGUCCCAUGCUCACACUGCAAUACAUAGCAUCCCUCUCGCUUAAUUCUCCUCAGAGACUGAAGUCAUUUGCACUACAGACUUUGACUUGUGUUCCCAAAUACUUGUAGCAUUCACCAAUGCCACAGUCAGUCCUACAUACCUUCCCGUCAGUCACACCAUCUCAUCAUGAACUGUCCCAAUAUAUAAAAUGUAAAGCAUUUGAGUGAAUUUAUCUCAGCUGAGAGUCAAAUGAAGGUGUGUUUAGUGGAAUGCCAGAACAGCAGAACACUGCUCCAUUCACUCUUUAUCCUUCUUGCUAUUGCUGUCUUUUUCCAUUUGUUAUCUAUUGUUGCAGGUUAUUGCUGAAUUGCACAGUUCUUCCUGCACUCAUUUCUGGAUUACAGAUUGACUCCGGGGG